AUGGCAGCCUUCAGGGCCAGUGAGGAAUUAAAAAAGAGUUCCAAUUCAGAAGCGUCUCCUGGGCCCCGGAGGCCCGGCCGCCCCCCUAAGUCUGAGACGUUGGCUCGUUCAAUGGUGGAAGUGCCCACUCGUCAGAAGUUGCCCUCUAAGCCGAAGAAGUCCAAGUUGUCUCCUGACGAUGAAGGCCCUGACUACUGGAAGAUCCAUAUUAUGAAGCUGAAGGAGAGGGGAACUCUGGACGAAAAAAUCGAUCAUUCUAUGAACAUCGACUGGGUUCUCACCCACGAAUACCUGGCUGAUUAUUUCGUCAAGUUGCAGGUUCAACCUGCAUUUAUUCCACGCCGAGGAGAAGUUGUCCUCUGGGUCCCCUUGUUCUCUGGUACACUGGAAAUCAAACCCGGCACCGAUUGCUGGCAUAUGCGCAGUGAAAACGGAGACUGGCUGGGUUUACCUCAAUGGCGCGCUGGAGUAAUCACCCAGGCUCCAGAAGAGCCAAGCAAUUUUUUCGACAUCGCCCGUAUCACGAAAAAGAAUGAUUCUUCUAUGAGCUCCUGGGGAUAUCGUGUCGAGACACUCCCAGACCCGGUCGGAGACGACAAGUCAUUCUCUCUUCAAUACACAUACCUCCCGCUGAGCUUCAUCAAGCCAUUUGGUUCAUUUACAAAAUUCUUGCAAAAGAGUCCCUCUUCACAGCGCCAUCCAUCCCUUGAGCAUGCCAUGAGAACCAUGGCAUCGUGGAGUCUUCUAUCGCAUGUUCGUUUCAGCGGCACUUGGCCAAAUGCUCAGAUCGAUAGUAACGGAAUUUUCAUCGGUCCGGAUUUAAUUGCUAUCAGGGAUACAGUGCGUUUGAAGCCCUUUGGGCUGAAGACAGCCUCACUGACCACAUACGACCCCGUUGAUGUCAUGGUCGUUGAAAGAAUCUGGCUAGAGAUGGAAGGAUGUCACGAAGAUCCCUAUGAUCCUCUUUUGGCGGACAAAGUGCGACCCAUGCUUGCAGGCAAAGUUUACACGCGUGAUAAGGACCGCCUGCUUCGCCCGAUGCCAUUUGACAAGGACCCACUGGAGAAAUUAACCGACAAGGACUUGCUCAACGCAUUCUCCCAAUCUGAUGAGGGAGACUGGUAUCGUAUCGCGGGUGGUCGCACCUGUGCUGUCUCCCAGGUCAUGGUUCUGGGUCGAUGCUACGAACCAACCGCCAACCUCCUCCUCUAUGGAAAUGCUCGGCUCGAUUACGACCUGAACGGCGUUUUGAGUGGGCGCCUGUACUCCAACCAGACCGACGAGCGUAUCCCGAUCGAAGGCGAUUGGUUCUGGGGAGACAAUCGCGUAGAAACCCUGGGUCUCGCAACUAUGAACGGAGUCGAAGUUGGGGAAGCUGCCGAACAGCGGGAGCACCCCAGGAAAUGGCAGGCGAUCCUGAAAGUCAUCAAUGGUACCUUUACGAAUGAUGAUCUGAAGACCGCUGGCCUCAAAGACACCAGUAGCAGGGGCCACCCUUUGAAGCAAUUUGCCGAGGUCAGCAAAACCAGCACCCUCGUUAGCUCGAGUCUUGGUGAGGUUCCUGCAACCGGCAGUGAAGAUUCAGACUUUAACAUGUCCGAGUCAGAGCUUUUGGCCUCAAUCCCAUUCAAAGGUGUCGUCGAUGAGGAUGGCCAACGAGACUAUCAGCCCAAGUAG